CGAGGACUUGGAGAUUAGGUACAAGCACCCACAGCGCCACGUACAGCUCUUUCACAGCCCAGUUUCAAAUAUUGAAAAGCUUUCCCCUCAAAUUCAAUUGAAACCAGAAGAAAUUCAAAUUCAAUAAUCGAGAUGGAAACUGAAACGACACCGCGGUGGGUCAAAUGCCGCUGAAGCAGCUGGUUGCCGUCGUUCACCGGAAUUUCUGGUUUCUCCAGUCACAUUCGCUGCUGCUUCCUCGCCUUCUCGGUUCAAUUUCCCAAUCCGUGUUUGGUUAAUCUGUGUAUACUAUUUUGGAUUUGCAGUUAAAACUAGAUCGACAGUAUGUCACUGCUGAGUAGAUUCUUUUACAAACGGCCUCCAGAUGGCUUGCUCGAACUUGCUGAAAGAGUAUAUGUUUUUGAUUCGUGUUUCUCCACGGAAGUGCUACCGGAGGGAAUAUACCAGCUUUACUUGCAUGAGAUCGUUACUGAGUUACAUGAAGAGUUCCCAGAAUCCUCAUUUCUUGCAUUUAAUUUCCGGGAAGGUGAGAAGAGGAGUCAAUUUGCAGAGAUAUUGUGCGAGUAUGAUGUCACCGUUAUGGAUUAUCCAAGGCAGUACGAGGGUUGCCCUAUAUUACCCUUAUCAUUAAUUCACCACUUCCUUCGUGUUAGUGAGAGUUGGCUUUCUCUUGGGAAUUGCCAUAAUGUAGUUUUGCUUCAUUGUGAAAGAGGGGGCUGGCCACUACUUGCAUUUGUGUUAGCUAGCUUCUUAGUUUUCAGGAAGUUGCAUAGUGGUGAGAGAAAGACUCUUGAAAUGGUUUAUAGAGAAGGUCCAAGAGGCUUGUUGCAGUUAUUGUCACCGUUGAAUCCUUUUCCAUCUCAGCUUCGAUACCUGCAAUACAUUUCAAGAAGAAAUUUAUCCUCAGAGUGGCCUCCACCUGAGAGACCUCUUUCACUAGACUGUCUUAUUCUUCGUGCAAUUCCGAGGUUUGAUAAUCAGAAAGGGUGCAGACCUAUUAUCCGCGUUUAUGGCAGAAAUCUCCUUAGCAAGGAUGGAUUGUCAACCCAAAUGCUUUAUUCCAUGCAUAAGAAGGGCAGACAUGUUCGCCAUUAUCGCCAAAAGGACAGUGAUGUAAUCAAGAUUGACAUACAAUGUCUAGUGCAAGGAGAUGUGGUAUUGGAGUGCGUCCAUUUAGACUUAGAUCCAGAAAGGGAAGUCAUGAUGUUCCGUAUAAUGUUUAAUACAGCUUUUAUUCGGUCUAAUAUUUUGAUGCUCAACUGUGAGAACUUGGAUGUCCUUUGGGAUUCAAAGGCUCGGUUCCCUAAAGGCUUUCGGGCUGAGGUACUAUUUGGUGAUGUUGAGAGCAGUUCUCCCCCCAGAGCCAACACUCCAAUGUUAAAUGGUGAGGAGAAAGGUGGACUCCCUAUUGAAGCCUUCUCCAGGGUGCAAGAACUUUUCAAUGGUGUAGAUUGGGUUGAUGCUAGCGAUGAUGCUGCUUUGUGGUUGCUUAAGCAAUUGUCCACGAUGAAUGAUGUCAAAGAUUUAUCCAUGUUGCGUAGAAUGAGUGGUUACUCAUCACCUGUUGAUUCCGAGGAAGAAAACAAUGCAUCUAGUGUGGCCGACAGUCUUGAUUUUUUAGACUCGGAGAAAAUCAGUGGACCAGAGUUCAAUUUGCUAGAUGAUCGUUCAUCCCUGGAUUCUAUAUUGGAAGAAGUCUCUGAUCUCAGACCCUUUGAGGAUCAAGUGAAGCAAAGAAUUUCAACCUUGACUGAUUGUUCCCAGUCCAUGACUGCUAGUGAUAGACAGUUGGAUGCUCUUGCUUCAUCUGGAUCUGCAAAGGAUAUGGAAGUUUCAGGUAAUAAAAUUUCACCUAAUGCUUCCCCACCAUUGCAGCCUUCAGUUCAGCCGUCAUCUGUUUCUGAUUUAACCACCUCUAAAUCAAUGUCAGACGGUUCACCAGCUCUUUCACCCCUGCCUCCUCCUUCUAGUAAUGAAUCUUGUCAAUCACCUCAUAUUGAUAAUGGCGAAGGACAUUCUCCACGUUCUUCCACUGGUUUGAGUAAAGAACCAUCAAUACCAGCUCCUCCUCCUCCCCCUCUACCUCCUCCUAGUUCAAGUAAAGAAUUUCCUCCAACACCAACACCUCCUCCUCCUUCUGAAGUAACUUUUCCAUCUCUAGCUCCUCCACCGCCCAACAAGAGUAAAAUACCUACACCUCCCCCACCACCUCCACCUCCACCUCCACCUUCCUCUGAGCCAAGUCAUUUAUCUUUGUCAGCUACUCCAGCAACAUCAUUAACAGCUGUCAGUAAUGUUAACAUACCACCACCACCGCCUCCUCCACCUCCUCUACCCCUUUAUGGAGUUCCUCAAUUACACUCUCUUGAAGGUUCGCUGCAAGAACCAAAAUCAAUUGCUUCUUCCUCAACUACAUGUGGUUUAGCAGCAGCUCUACCUCCACCUCCAAGUCCCCCGCCCCCACCACCUCCAGGUCCUCGUUCAGCCGUGCCCCCACCCCCCACCCCACCACCUCUGAGUCGUGGUUUAGCCCCACCACGACCUCCACCACCACCACGUCGUGGUUCAUCCCCUGCCCCACCUCCACCACCCCCGGGUCGUGGUUCAGCCCCUGCCCCACCUCCACCACCUCCAGGUCCUGGUUCAGCUCCUGCUCCACCUCCACCCCCUCCAGGUCGUGGUUCAGCACCAACUGCACCUCCGCCCCCUCCUGGCCAUGGUCCAGGACCUGCUCCACCUCCACUUCCUGGUGGAAAGAGCUCCAAUGUGCCUCCACCUCCGUCACUUGGAAGAGGAAGAGGUUUGUCCUCAGGAAGAGGAAGAGGCACCACUGGUUCUUCAAUCCCCCCUAAAAAAACUCCACUGAAGCCUUUACAUUGGGUGAAAGUCACUCGAGCUAUGCAGGGGAGCUUGUGGGCUGAUUCCCAGAAACAGGAAAGCCAGUCGCGGGCACCUGAAAUUGAUAUUUCGGAACUUGAAAGUCUUUUCUCAGUGGCUUCUACUUCAGACGGCGCCAAGGGUGGGGGCUCACGUGGUUCUAAAAUUAACAAGCCAGAAAAAGUGCAAUUGGUUGAUUUGCGUAGAGCCUAUAAUUGUGAAAUUAUGCUCACAAAAAUUAAGAUUCCCCUGCCAGAUAUGAUUAAUGCCAUCCUGGCUUUGGAUUCUUCUGCUCUGGACAUCGAUCAAGUUGAGAAUCUUAUUAAGUUUUGCCCUACUAAAGAAGAAAUGGAGACACUAAAGAAUUACAAUGGGGACAAAGAGAUGCUAGGAAAGUGUGAACAGUUUUUCUUGGAACUAAUGAAGGUCCCACGAGUGGAGUCCAAACUAAGAGUAUUUGCUUUUGCAAUAACUUUUACUAGCCAGGUGGAGGACCUAAAGCUUAAUCUGAACACAAUCAAUGAUGCUGCUGGAGAGGUUAAGGAGUCAUCGAAAUUACGGCAAAUCAUGCAGACUAUCCUGACUCUUGGAAAUGCAUUAAAUCAGGGCACGGCACGAGGGUCUGCUGUGGGAUUCAAGUUGGAUAGUCUUCUAAAACUCUCUGACACUCGUGCAAGAAACAACAAAAUGACCUUAAUGCAUUACCUGUGUAAGAUUCUAGCUGAGAAAAUGCCAGAGUUGCUCGAUUUCAGCAAGGAUCUUGUACAUUUGGAACCAGCUUCCAAGAUACAAUUGAAGUCGUUGGCUGAAGAAAUGCAAGCAGUCAGCAAAGGCCUUGAGAAGGUUGAGCAGGAACUCACUGCUGCAGAGAGUGAUGGUGCUGUAUCAUCGGGCUUUCGGAAGGUGCUGAAGAGUUUCCUUGAUACGGCUGAGGCUGAAGUGAGGUCGCUUAUCACCCUUUACUCUGAAGUGGGGAGAAAUGCAGACUCGUUAUCACAGUAUUUUGGUGAAGAUCCAGCAAGAUGCCCAUUCGAGCAAGUGACCCAAACUUUGGUGAUCUUCAUGAAGAUGUUCAACAAGGCGCAUGACGAAAACGAGCAGCAGGCUGAUGCUGAAAAGAAGAAAUUGGAAAAGGAAGCGCUCAAGGAACAAGGAGCAGCUAAUUCUCCUGCAAAGGAUGGUAUUGAUGCUCUUCGUUCAAAACUUAAUUCUCGUAAUCAGAAAAAUGCUUCUUGAUCGAUUGGUAGCUGAAGGACAUAGCCAAUGGAUAUUGCUUCAUGAACCUCUCUCUUCCACGCAUGGGUGGAAAUGUUGACAACCCCACCAGACAUCUGAAUGAAGAUGACAAUUUUGGCAUGUGGUUCUGUACUUAAAUCUCAAGAUCAGCCACUUAUCACGGGCACUGCAUCGGCUACCUCAUAUGACUUGAGAAUUCCAAGUCCACGAACUGUACAUUGCUUACGCUGCAAAUUGCUGAUAGGAGGACGAAAUGAAACUUCUGGAGGCAAUCCUAAUUGUUUGUAUUCACUUUGCCAUAUACGAGGAACGUUAGAAAAUAUUUGUAUCAGUUGUACAUAAUAUAUCCCUUCUCUUUGAUGACAUGUAGGUCAUUGGUUUUGUAGACGGAUGUUAAAUCGUGUAACUCAACCUCUCAGCGAGAAGAUCGAACUCAUGCAUGUUAUCCUGUUACCAAGGUUCAGGGUAUAGCUCAUUUUUCUGAGUUGUGUGAAGUUACAGACCACCGUAACUUUAUUUACAUUGGAAAAGAAUUAGGUUUGGUUUAUAUUUGUACA